AUGGUGUGGAGGGAGAAAAGUCAGUCUCAACUACAGCCUACUGGACUACUCCCAGAGACAGAGAUUAAUUCAUCAUCUCACCUAUCUCCCAGGCAACAAACCACACCAGUACGUUCUAUUGAACGAAACCUCGCUGAAUGUGACUUCCCCCAUCUCCCGAGAAUCCCCACAAUGAGUGAAGUGAUACAAGAUCUGGUAGAUGUGUCCAUCAGAUAUACCAACUGCGCUGACCCAGUUGAGAGUGAGGCAAGGCGCCAACGUGUACUCCAAACUAACGCUGAAGGUAUCAUGGAGGAAACAACAGCUGAGAUUAUUGCAGCUGCAACAACUGCACGUCAUGCUGCAGUCUGCUCCCUAUCAGCAAAUCUCCCAACUCCACUCCUACUUAUUGGACCAAACAUUGACUGUGAGACUGCGGAUCUUCCUAAAAGAAGAGGACGACCUCCAAGAGAGAAAAAACAAACUGCUAAACCCAAAAUCCUCCCUGGAACUGCAUCUCGCAAGCGGAACCUGAACUUAGCUACACCUUCUCCGGGGAAAUCAGCAUGGUCCCCUGGAAUGAGAGAUAUAUCUCUGUACCUUCACUAA